AGAGCUUCCUGAGUGGACACUCCGCUCUCGCUGCUUACACCAUGAUCUAUCUAGCUUUGUACCUAGAAGGCCGCAUGACCUGGUCGGGCACGCGUGUGCUGCGCCACGUGCUGCAGUUCGGCGUGCUCAUGAUGAGCUGGUUCACCGCGCUGUCCCGGAUCAGCGACUUCAAGCACCACUGGAGUGAUGUGCUCGCUGGAUAUUCCCUGGGCACUGUUAUCGCUGUUAUUAUGUGGACAUGGUGCACCGAUGUAGUUCUGAAGAAGAAGAACCACACCGCGUUGCCUCAGUUCGAGAUCUCAGUGACCGGCCAACAGAUGCAAACGCCGCGUUAAAUAACUAUAUUACGUAGCUAAGUUACUGGUCGUAUCUUCACGGCUCACUUUAAGGGUUCUGCAGUGAAAUAAGUACAGCUUUUCAUCCUUUACUAGGUACUGAAGAGGGAUUCAUUGCACCGUUCUAAAGUAAAGCGUUUCCGUGAGCUGUGGAAGCGAGAUGGCGCUCUACCAAAUGUAAAGCGGCGUCUGUUUUCUUCAACUGUAAUGAUCGAAUAUUACAAGUCAUGUUAGAGUGAAGGCGAAAUCUAUGAGAAGCAAAAUUUAAAAAGAUUGACAACCAGUGUCACCAAUGGAUACCGUGUUUCCCAAAAAAUGGGUUAUGGAGAUCAGAUAGGCAAUCACUCCAUGUAAAAUACGGUUUUCAGUCAAAUCUGGUGAGACUAGAUGUCAACCUUAAAAGUAAUGGGUUAAGGUUGAAAA